AGUUGUCGAGACUCGAGUUGUGAUGUGAGAAAGAUGUCAGAAUUUGUUGAACUUGACGAGAGGAGAGAAUUUCAGCUAGCCUCAGCCAGAGAGCAGCGAGACGGAUGCGCUGCUUGAUUGGCCUAGGCGAACGAUGAAAUUUGGCAAGACCUUUGAGACGCACCUGACCAUAGAAUGGCGGCAGCAGUACAUGCGUUACACGGACUUGAAAACAUUGAUACGACGCGGCGUCGAAGGGGCCCCGACGGCCGAGAGUGGCGCCAGCGAUGCGGAAAUCAAUGCCUACUACAUUGCCUUCGAGGAGCAGUUCUUUACGGAGUGCCACCACGAGCUGACGCGCGUCAACAACUUCUUUCUGGAGAAGCUGGCCGAGGCGCGACGCAAGCAUGCCACACUCAAGCUACAAUUGCUGGCCACGGCCCGAGCGCCCGGACAUACGUUCAGCUCCUAUUCGCUGCAGAGCUCCCAGCGCCUGUCCUCGUUGGUCAGCUUGCGUGACAAUAAUAGCAGCAGCAAUCGGAAGUUGAUGACGCAGCGACAGCUGCGUAAUGCGUAUAGCGAAUACUAUUUGACGCUCGUCCUGCUCCAGAACUUUCAAUCACUGAACGAAACGGGCUUCCGUAAGAUCUGCAAGAAGUACGACAAGUAUUUGCGAUCGACCAGCGGUGGCGAUUGGGUCGAGCAAAACAUCAACUAUGCCGCCUUCACCGACCACCGACCACUCGAGAAACUGAUCAUCGACGUGGAGGAGUUGUAUACUCAUUAUCUGGCCGGGGGUGAUCGCUCCCGUGCGAUGACUAAGCUCCGAGUGCCGCCCCUUGGACAGCCCACGCCGCCUCGAAUGGUCUUUCGGGCGGGCCUGGCAUUAGGCAUGUUCAUCAUGUUGGCGUGCACAACGAUCUUCAGCUACAUCCGUAGGCCACCGGAGGAAAAUAAAAUAGAGGCGUUCAUUCGACUUUACCGUGGGCCGUUCACGUGGGUGAUCUUUAACUUCUUCAUGGCCGCCAACGUGGCUGGCUGGCAGCGAGCGGGCGUCAAUCACGUGCUAAUCUUUGAGAUCGACCCGCGCAGCCAUCUGCAGCCGGCGACAUUCCUCGAGAUUGCCUGCACCUUUGGCCUCCUGUGGACGCUCUCCAUGCUGGGCUUCCUCUUCCAUGACCUGAUCAAUGUGAACGAUCCAUUUGUGUUCCCACUGGCCCUGACCCUGAUUAUGAUAACGCUGCUGAUCAACCCACUGCCCAUUAUGAAUUGGCCCGCACGCUGGUGGACAAUGCGCCUGGUGGGUCGCGUGGUAACGGCGCCGUUGCAUUACGUGCGAUUUGCCGACUUUUGGAUGGGCGACCAAAUGAACUCGCUGGUCACCUGCAUGGCCGAUCAUUACUACAUUGUGCGCUUCUAUGCGAUAUGUUGGCUGCGAUAUGCGAACUUUAACUUCUGCUUCGAGGAGGACAUGUUCGUGCCGAUCUCCCGCUGUUUGCCCGCCUGGUUCCGCUUCGCCCAGUGCCUGAGACGUUUCCGCGACAGCGGCUCCAAAUCCGUUAGCUACCUGCUGAACGCUGGCAAAUAUUCGACAACAUUCUUCGUGGUCUUCUUCUCGACAAUGCGCGGUCGUACGGAUGAUGGUUAUGCGAAUACAUUUAGCAACCCGUAUACCUGGUUCUUCAUAUUGAGCUACAUUAUCUCCACAAUCUAUUGCUACGCUUGGGAUGUGAUGAAGGACUUUGGCAUAUUCAAGAUAUGGCGGGGGGAGCACUUGUUUCUCCGCGAAAAGCUAGUGUAUCCGCAAGCGGUCUAUUACUUUGUGAUAGUUGAGAAUCUCAUCUUACGCUGCUUCUGGGCCGUCGAGUUGGUUGUCCUCUAUCACAAACUAAUCACACCCUACAACAUCAAGACCUGUGCGAGCAUCCUCGAGAUCACGCGUCGCUUCAUCUGGAAUUACAUCAGACUGGAGAAUGAGCAUUUGUAUAAUUGCGGCAAAUUUCGCGCCACGCGUGACAUCCAUUUGGCCUCAUUGACCGCUCAGCAGGAGCGCAUGUUGGAGAACAUGAUGGGCGAGGCAGAUGGCGCAGAGCCAGGUGGCUCUUCUAAUCCGCGCACCAACGAGCGUCGCCGCCUUGACAAAGAAUACUUCUGAUGAAUCCCAACCAAGUACCUAACCUCCGUAUACCGAACCCUACUUCCCAGCUAUAACCAAUCACACAUUCUACUGCUGCCAUGUCAAUGAGUCUCCGUCAUCAUCGUCAUUGCUAUUUAAGCCAGUUCUUUAAUGAAUUCAAUUGUGCGAAUCGAACAAAAACGAAAAUAAAUAAAGUAACCGUUACC